UAUUGCUUUUACAAGAUAAUAUUUGUUUUAAAUAUUGCUUGUUCAUUUUUUAAUGAAGAUAUAGUUUAUAUAUAUAUAUAUAUAUUUUUUUUAAAUACUAUAAGUACCUUGAAUACAAUUUGAAUUUGUCCACUUAAUGUCAUUUAACGUAUGAGAUUACAGAUUGGCCUUAGACUGUACAAAUUCGUCAUGGCCACGUGAUAGCAGAAAAAAAGGAGAUUACGGAUGAUAAGAAAUUAAGACACUUUGUAUAUUAAUAUUUUAAUAAUCAUUUUGUAAACAUGAUAAAAGUUCCAUUAGUGCGAUGGAUCCGAAAUAACUUCGUCCAUUCGACUUCUCAACAAAUUAUAUUUAAAUUUCCAAAAUGUACAAUUGCAAAUUUGAAUAAUAUAGUGAAUAAGAUUGAUAAAAGCACAACAAAUUGGAAAGAUGCUUUAUAUAUGACUAUGAAAGUUUAUCCUGACUUUAUUACUGAAGAAGAAGAAGUUUCUUUGAUGAAAGAGAUUGACCCAUAUAUGCAACGUUUACGUUAUGAAUUUUCACAUUGGGAUGAUGCUAUUCAUGGUUAUAGAGAAACAGAAAGAAAACAAUGGAAUGAACAAAAUAUGAAAGUAAUUAAUAAAAUACGUCAAAAAGCAUUUCCACCAGGAAUGCCACAAUUAAGUUUAGUGCAUGUUUUAGAUUUAACAGCUGAAGGAUGGAUAAAGCCACAUGUCGAUAGUAUUAGGUUUUGUGGAGAUGUAAUUGCUGGACUGAGUUUAUUGAGCGACAGUGUGAUGCGUCUCACAAUGUGGUGUGGCAAGACAAAAAUAUAACCAUGAAAUUUUAAAAUCAGAGGAUUCCUAUUUCCGAGGACAAAAAAUAUCUAGAAGUCGGCGUAUAUCUAUAAUAUGCAGAAGUGAGGUAGAAGGAAAUAUAGAAUAGAUUAAAUUGUUUAAGUAGUAAGUAUUGAACUGAUUUAAAUGUUUCGUGUUAUAUGAUUAUAUUUAUUAUUUCUUUUAUAGUAUAUUCAGAAGGAAAAAGAUCCUUUGUAAAUAAUUUCUAAUUACAAGAGUUAUUCUUGUUUUCUUUGUAAUUAUGUAUAUAUGCACAUAAAAAAGAUCAUUACAGAAAAAGAAAAAAGAUGAUGUAGUAUAAUAUAACCAUUUUUUUUAAAUAAAAAGUAAAAAGUAAAUUAACUAUAGUGUCUUAUGUGUUUACUUUAAUAAAAGAACAUCAUAUUUAUGAAACAUAUAUAUAUACAUUAUAUUGAAACAAAAGUAAACUGCCUUU